UCAGAAGUUACUUCGAAACAAGCGAGUAACAAUGUUGACCAAGUGUGUUUUGGCUGCCAUUCUCGUGCUCCAGGUUUGCUGGGCCAUCCCCUACAACCUGUCACCACGUAUCACCGAUGGUGUCGACGCCACGCCUGGCGAAUUCCCUUACCAAGUAUCCGUACAAUGGGGAAUCCCACCCCUUAUUCAAUACACCCACAACUGCGGUGGUUCUAUCUUAAAUGAAUGGUACAUCCUGACCGCUGGACACUGUAACAUGAAGGUUGGAAAACUGAGGAUUACAGCUGGCAAAUAUUACCUGCGACAGAGCGAGAACACUGAACAGACUAUCAACGUUGCCAAGACUAUCGUCCACAGUCAAUACCCAGGAGGUGUUGCCCAACACGACAUCGCCCUUAUGAAAUUGGAGAAACCCCUGAAAUUCAACAGCAACGUAAAGCCGAUCCACCUGCCCGCUCAAGGAGAAAAUCAAGGUGGUCAGGCUAUUCUUAGCGGAUGGGGUUCAACAUCCAAGAGCAACAAAAUUGCUCUACCAAACAAACUCCAGAAGGCUGUUGUUCCAAUCCUGAGCAACGAAGAAUGCUUGAAGGAACUGAAAUCCCAGCCAACCGCUGGCAAAGAACCUGAACUCUUCAGCACUCAAGUCUGCAGUGGCACUUCUGGCAAGGAACUGUCUGCCUGCUCCGGUGACUCUGGUGGCCCACUCGCCCAAGGCAAUGGAGCUGCAGCUGUCCAAGUUGGUAUUGUCUCAUGGGGAAUAACCCCAUGUGGAGCUAGCCACAUGCCGUCUGUAUACACCCGUGUCGCCUCAUACAUUGACUGGAUCCACCAGAACAUGCAUUGACAACCUAGCACGCAUUCUUCGGCUACUACAAUUACAACUUCUUUUUUCAACAAAUUCGCUAUCACUUGUACUGUAGUAAUACUUACCGCAGUACAUAUGUGACAAGUUGAGAGAAAAAUAGAAUACAACAAAUAAAGAAGUAAUAAUAAUAA